AAAGGAAGGAAAGAAGAAAGGACUGAAAGAAAACGUUUUUCCUUCGCACAGCCUACGUUCAUGAUGAAGCUUUACGGAGUUCUUGUCCUGUUUGUAACAUUUUCUGUUGCAUCCGGAUUGAGAUGCUACCAAUAUACAACAUUUGAACCCAAUACCUGCACAGGUGUUCUAACUUGUCCUUAUGGUUUCGACCGUUGUGGUUCUUUUGAGUCAGAAGGACUGAUUGACAGGGGCUGCUGGAAAAAGGCAGAUUGCAUUUCUCCCAUACAGUGCUGUGACAAGGACUUGUGCAACGGUGCCUUACUGACUCGCAACACUGCCGUACUGAUUGGGAAAGGUGCCGUACUGAUUGGCAACGGUACCUUUCUGACUGGCAAAGGUGCCGUACUGAUUGGCAACGGUACCAUUCUGACUGGAAAAGGUGCCGUACUGACUGGCAACGGUCCUGUACCAACUGGACCUGGUGUCACCCUGCUGCUCCUGUCUUCAGCCCUUAUGAUGCUCUUUAUUUAAGGCUCUGAAAUCAUGAUCCU